AAUCUAUGGAUACACGCACCUCCAUGGGUGUUGGUCGCGCGCUAACAAAGACGCAACACGGGGUAUUAGGCAAACAAUGAUCAAGUGGUCGCAGACAAUUCCCAACAUUAGGCGUGAACAAAAUUAUGUCUAUCCAUUAGCUGACUCCGGCUUGAUCCCACCAUCGACACAUCAUUGCAUCACCUGUGGUGUCCAUUAUUAGCUAUUCUUCAGGAUUACUAUGUGGCAAUACACUCUAUCCGGUUUUGUUAUCUUCUUCAUAUUCACAAUCUACCGGUUGAUUUACGCUUUGUACUUUUCCCCUCUACGCACCAUCCCCGGCCCUCUAAUCGCCCGAGUCACCUCAAAGCGCGGCAAGAUUGAUCAGUUUUCUGGCAACGUAUCCGUACGAGCUAUACUCGAUGAGCAGAAAUAUGGGGAGGUGUACGUUUACAAACCCAAUGCUGUCUGCAUCAACCAUCCGGAAGACAUCAAAUCUGUGCUCGGUUCUCAAGAUUUUUUGAAGACCGGCUUCUUCGACAUCUUUAACGACGGUUGUGUUCGAAAUGUUGUCUCGAUGCGUGAUCCUAUCCUCUCGAGUCAGCGGAGACGACAGAUUGGACCUUAUUUCAACUUCUGGCAGCUGGCGAAGAUGGAAGAUCUCAUUCUACGACACGGGUACAAAGCGCUAAAGACCAAAUGGGACGGCCUGAUGGAGAUGAAUGCGUCUGGACAGACUGAAGUCAACUAUCGUAUUGACACCCAGCUUGUUACUUUCGAUAUCAUGUCUGCCGUUGCAUUCGGACGAGAUUUCGGAUCCAUUCGAAAAGGCAGCUCCUCUGUUCUGAAGUGGGCCGGUGUCAUUAUGUCUCUACUCGACUCUUCCUUUGUUCUGGCAUUGCUCUCUUUAUUGCCAUUCUCACUCGUUAUGAGGCCUUGGAAAACAAUGUACCACGAACUCGCAGUCUACAGUGAUGAGUGUAUACAAGACCGCAAAUCACUGCUUGUUAUCAAGGAUAACAAGAAGCCCAUGGAUAUGCUUCAAGCUUUUAUUGACGCCGAAGAUCCUGAGUCCCGAGCAAAGAUGACACCACUUGAGGUUCAAGCCGAAAGUAUCAUGAUGAUGCUCGCAGGCUCGGAGACAACAAGCAGCGCAAUAAUGUGGACGUUCCAUCUGCUACUGCUUCACCCUUUUAUAUUAGCCACUGCAGUGCGCGAGAUCCGCACCACAUUUCCUAGUGCUCGACCAUACACCAUUACCUUCAAAGAUGUGCAGAUAAAGCUUCCAUACACCGAGGCUUGUAUCUAUGAGGCAUUGCGUCACUCACCUACUACUGCUGGGCUGACGCCUCGGAUAUCGUAUACACGAUCCAUAACAUUGCAUAGUGGGCAUAUCAUACCACCAAAUACUGAGAUAUAUGUGAAUUUACGGUCGCCUAACAUGCAUGAGACUUUAUGGUCGGAACCUCAAAGGUUUAAUCCAGAUCGAUUUCUCGAAACAGACUCAAAGAAGAGUUUAUUUACGUUCUCGUACGGACCACGGAAUUGUAUCGGGAAGAACUUGGCAUGGGUCGAGAUGCUGACGAUCAUUGCGAAUGUAUUGAAAGAUUAUGACAUCUUCCUGCCGGAUGGUAAUAUGUUUGGACCACACAAUGUAGACGAAAAUGGAUUUCCGAGGCUUCUACCGGCCAAAUGCUUCAUUGCGAGUUUCCCGUCUAACCCAGAGAGAGAUUGCAAGAUGAUUGUACGAAAACAUUGCGAGUGAGGACGGUCUCGAAGAAAUAGUGCUGUUAUUGGUCGAAGGAACGUAGUAGUCUAUAUCUCAAUACACUAAUUCGAUAC